GGAGCGUCAUAGUAAACAAACAAAUGCCAAAUACAGUUUAAACAUAUAAAAAGGCAAUGCAGCGUUAGAAUCGGAGUCGGAGAUGUUAUGUCACUAGCUGCAGUCACUGAUCAGUCAGACAGUAACAGUACCGCACUAGAACGUGUCGGACCUGGUGCACACCGGACCACUACGUUCUCCUCGCGAUAGUCUUGCGUCAAAAAGAAAUCCCGUAGUGAUGGCUGCGCCGCCUGACACGGAGAGUUUGGAGUCCCGUAUCAAUAGAGCCACAAACCCACUAAACAGAGAUACAGACUGGGAGGGGAUCCAUGCUUUCUGUGACCAGCUCAAUAAUGAUUUGGAGGGCCCCCAACUGGCCACAAGACUCCUGGCUCACAAGAUCCAGUCUCCCCAGGAGUGGGAGGCAACACAGGCUCUCCUGGUGCUGGAGAUGUGUAUGAAGGAUUGCGGGAAAAGAUUUCACAAUGAAGUUGGAAAGUUUCGCUUCCUCAACGAGCUCAUCAAAGUUGUGUCUCCCAAGUACCUGGGCUCACGUUCCCCAGAGGCUGUGAAGAAGAAGGUUCUGGAGCUGAUCUACAGCUGGACUCUGAGUCUGCCUGACGAGACCAAGAUAGCAGAUGCCUACCAGAUGUUGAAGAAACAAGGCAUGGUGAAGCAGGAUCCUGACCUCCCCCCAGGUCAGCUGUGGCUGCCUCCUCCUCCCAGACCCAAGAGCGCCGUCUUCGAGGACGAGGAGAAGUCCAAGGUGCUGUCUCGUCUGUUAAACAGCACACACCCUGAGGACCUGAAGGCUGCUAACAAACUGAUCAAAGAGAUGGUGCAGGAGGACCAGAGGCGAGCAGAGAAGGUGUCCAGGCGUGUGAACACCAUCCAGGAGGUGAAUGAGAGUGUGGGCCUGCUGACUCAGCUGCUGGAGGAGCAUGAUGGGAGCAGCAGCAGCCUGGAGCUCCUGCAGGAUCUGUACCAGCGUUGCGAGAAGAUGAGGCCGACUCUCUUCAGACUAGCCAGUGACACAGAAGACAACGAUGAAGCUCUGGCGGAGAUCCUGCAGGCCAAUGACAGUGUGACUCAGGUCAUCAACAGGUACAAGCAGCAGGUGAAGGGAGAGGAGGUGAACGGCAACAGCACUGCUGAGUACAGACUCACAGGAAGCAGCAGCACAGCACUGCUAGACCUGUCGGGAUUGGACACGUCGCCACAGUCCCCGCCCUCCUUCCCAGAAUUCCCCACACCAACAGACAGCACAAACGCCCCUUCACAGGAGAUGGGCCUCAGUCUCCUUGACGACGAGCUGAUGUCACUAGGGUUGAGUGAGGGGACCCUGACGUCUGCAGCCUCGCAGCCGGACGACUCCACGGCCUGGGACUCUUUCCAGUCCUCUGACAGUGUGGAUGCAGACGUCCCUGCAGCCCCCAGCCUCCUCCUGAGUCCAGACCCCGCAGCCCUGUCCCAGGCCACCUCCUCCUCGGCCACUACCCCCAGCAGCUCUGCCCUGGAUGAGUUAGACCUGCUGGGGAAGGCCUUGCUGCAGCAGUCCCUGCCUCCAGAGGGCCUCCAGGUCAAAUGGGACAAGCAGCAGUCCAGACCUACUCUACGAGAUCUACAGAGCAAGUCUGGGUCAAACCCCAGCCCAAGCCCCAUCCCGGCCUUCACCUCCGAGCAUCCUGGGGCUCUCCUGAACUCCCAGUCCAGCCUGGGAGCUACAUUGCUGGGCAUGUCGCCUGUUCACACAGAGGCUCCUCCUCCAGUGGUCACACUGACAGAUGUGUUAGUACCGUUAGAAUCUAUAAGGCCCAGUAGCGUGUUGCCUGUGACGGUGUUUGACGGUCACAGCUUGCGGGUCCUGUUCCAUUUUGCUCGUGACGCCCCUCCAUCUUGCCCUGACGUCCUGGUGGUCAUCGUCUCCAUGCUGUCCUCCGCCCCGGUCCCCAUCACCAACAUCCAGCUGCAGACCUCCGCCCCCCAGGGAAUGGCCGUGAAGCUACAGCCCCCAUCAGGGAUGGAGCUUCCAGCCUUUAACCCCAUCCUGCCCCCCACCGCCAUCACACAGGUCCUGCUACUGGCCAACCCCCUCAAGGUACACCCCCCCUGCCCCCACCGCCAUCACACAGGUCCUGCUACUGGCCAACCCCCUCAAGGUACCCUUCCCUCUCCUCCCCUCUCCUCCCCCCUCUCUUCCUGUACUGAUCUCUCUCUGCUGUGGCCCCCAGGAGCAGGUGCAGCUGGACUACAGGCUGAGCUUCACCCUGGGAGACGAGGAGCACCACAAGACUGGACGAGUCCAACACUUCCCUCCUGCAGACACCUGGGGGACCCUAUGACCCCCUGGCAGACUGCUUCCCCUCCCCCCUCCUCCCCCCCUCCCCCCUCUUCCCCGCACGCUCCUGGACGUCUGACCAGUCAUUCCUCCUUAGUUGAAGUUGUGAUCUCCCAGAGUCUCUGCCGUAAUUGGCUGAGAGAUCGUCUGGGGGCGGGACUCUGCCAACCAGAAGACCUGACCGAGGGUAGACAGUUCCAACGUGACUCCUGAUUGGCUAGUUAGAAACUCUGCUAUUUUGCUAAUGCAUAUCCAGUCUCUGCACCUGCAUAGGGGGGGGGGGGUGUACAGGGCACCAGGGAGGGGACAGCCAGAGCUACUGACUCACCAACACAACACUGCAUCAACAACCAGUGGGUUACUUUGGUUACUUUGGGUUUACUUUUCUUCGGCUAUGAUUGGUUGAUAUUGAUUUGUUCAUCAAUAGGUCAUCUGUAAUGCUUCAGUCUGGACAGGACAGGUACAUAGUGUGUGGGAUUAUUCUUUGUUGUGUACGUCUUUAAUCUUUGCUUAACUUUGUGGUCCCGCUUUAACAAACCUGCAGUUCCCUCUUGGCUGGCAGAUGGCGCCAUGCUACAUUCUCGUCUGUUUCGUUUGAACUGUGAACGCUAUGAAGGAACAUAAACACGUAUGUAGAUAUGUGGGUGCACUUGAUUUAGUGCACAAGUUGGGCGGAGUUCUCGCCUUAGGACCAAUGACUCCCCCUCUCAAAUAUGCAAAGCUCACUUGGAAGGGUGUUCACGCUAAAUCAAGUGGACUUCCAAGAUUGAUACAAUAGAACAUUUAGGAGACGUUUUCUGGAGCUCGUCCCAUCUGAGUAUUAUGUUUAAUGGAGCUCUCCUGAUAGAAAUGUCUGUAAUGUCGUUCAUUUGACUGCUUUUGGGUUUCCUGUGUUUCUGUGUUAUUUCUACAGGCCCUUGAGAUCAGGGAGUCUGUACUUUACCAGGAUGUUAGUGAUAUCAUAAUGAAUGAACUCACGCUGCCAUUUGCACGUAAGCUGAACUGCAGCUCGUUUCCCCUUGUCUUAAGACAAAGAAAAAUAUAUGAAAUAUGAGCGUAUCAUAUCUGCCGUUUGUGCCUACUUUGGUUUGUUUUCUUACGUUUGCACUACACAUCAAUGUGUUAGACCGUCGUCCUGGUUACCGCUGUUACAUCUAUACACUGUAAAACCUUCAGGUCCAACAGCACCCUACACACACCCUUCACUCCUAGAGAUUUGUUAUAAAGGUCAUAUGUUUGAUGGAAGGCAUGGUGGUGUACAUACAGAUUCUCUAAAUAAAUUCUCUCCAGAUGAUCUGAAUCAGUGGAUGUGACUGCUUCUCUGCAUAAAGGGAUCCAACAUGAUGGUUCCUAUGGUUACUAUGUACAGGGUUCUAAUUAUGGGGGGGUUUUGACCCCCCUAAUUAAAUACAUAUAUUAAUUAACUGAUAUCAGUUAAAUGAAUUGGUUUGAGCGAGAUUUGAACCAGGGCUACCGUGUUUGGCAGUAGACUUGACGGUACACAUGCUUACCCACCGAGCCACUGAGGGUUUCUGCAAAGUUACUUUCUACAACACAGUGUAAUUGCCCUUACGACACCUCUAUCCGCCUCCAUCACAGGCAGAGGGCGGGGUUUGACCCCCCUAAUUAAGACUUGGCCCCCCAAAAGAGCUAAGCUAAGAGCUAGGUCGGGGGAGUCGAUACAUCUAUAUAUUGUUUUUACCUGUAAUCAUAAAUAUUACUUUAUGGAGAAUGAUUUGACACCCCCAAUCAUCAUAGUAUUAGUCGGACUCUAAACAAAACCACUGGACGCAAAUGUUCAAAAGGGUCGUUGAAAAUGUAUUCAAAUCUGAAAAACAAAGCAAACAGUGAGCCUAGUGGAGGUGAUAGCAGGUUUCAACACACAGCUCAGCCAGACUGGGACCAACAAGAUUAGAAACAUUAACACAAAUAAAAGAUGACAUGUAAAACACAUACAUGUGAAAGCAGAUCAUGUUAUGUUUAUAUCGUCUACAGAUCAACUUAACAAUUUUUAUACCUUCAAAGGCGUGAUAAAAAGUCUUACAUAAAACCAAAUAUGGGUUUGGAUGAAGAUACUUCAUUACGUGGGUUCUAAAAAACGCUAAACAAAAUAUUAAGAACACAAAAAAGCUACCCAAAUUCUUAUUUUGUGGACUUUUUCCAGAUGUGAAGACCAGAAAAGUAAAGAGAGGUACACUAGAAGCCAGAAAA